UGAGACCCUUUUGUUCUUGUUCUCAGCUAAGAGAUAAGGAGAAAGAAGCUUAUGGUUAUGGAGACCGCGGCAUCUAUUUGCAGUAACAUGUUCAAUUACUCUCCAAGAGAAAACUCACCUUUGCUUGUCAAAUCCAUGGCUACCCAGAAGUCCCUUCCAUCAGUUACUAGGACUCUAGCCUCUAGAAAGAAUUCAACUGUAUUCCCACUUGGGGAACAAGGGCCAAGGAACAGUUCUGGAACAACAACACCUCCCAUAAAACUUCUGACAAGAAUGGAGCAGCUGAAACUGUUGAGCAAAGCAGAGAAAGCAGGGUUGCUAUCUGCAGCAGAGAAGUCUGGGUUGUCCCUUUCAACAAUAGAGAAACUGGGACUCCUCUCAAAAGCAGAAGAAUUGGGUGUGUUAUCUGCAGCCACUGAUCCAGGAACUCCGGGAACACUCUUUACCCUCAGCUUUGGUUUAUUGUUUUUGGGACCUUUGUUUGUUUACCUUGUGCCUGAGGACAACCUUGGUGAGGUGGCAUUGCAGGUUGUUGUUGCAUUGCUCUGUGUGCUUGGUGGUUCUGCUGGUUUUGCUGCAUCAAGUUUUGUAUCCAACUUGCAGAAAUCAAAUUAAAUUUUAUGAUUUUCAUUUUCUCUUUAUGUCACUAAAUAGUUCUUUCCUAUCUUACUGGGCAUUUUUGUUUCCAGUGUGCUUGCUAUGUCAAGAAUUUUUUGUUUCAGUGGUGUUGUUAUAACUAGGAGUGGACAUGGUUUCAUUUGGUUUUUUUAUGUUAAAUUCAACAGAAUUGAUGAGGUGAAAGGACUCCUAAAUAUCAUAUCUUAAAUUCUGGAUUGAAGUG